ACACACACACACACACACUCACGCGCGCGCGCAUGCAGCGGCGUCAGAGCUCUUCGCCUUUUCUCAGAAAGGGGUUGGACAGUAGUACAUGCGUGUGUGUGAGUGUGUGAGAGAGUGUGUGUGUUUUCCUGCCACGAUGAGCAGCUGCAGCUUCGUGAACAUGGCGACAAUAGGAGACUUCGACCCGCUCAACGCCACCGUCCCCGCCACCAAAGUUGAAAUCACGGUCUCUUGCAGAAACCUGCUCGACAGGGACACUUUCUCCAAAUCAGAUCCAAUCUGUGUGCUGUACACCCAAGGCAUCGGCAACAAGGAAUGGAGGGAGUUUGGGAGGACAGAAGUCAUAGAUAACACGCUAAACCCAGACUUUGUGCGCAAGUUCAUUCUGGACUACUUCUUCGAAGAGAGACAGAACCUUCGGUUUGAUCUGUACGAUGUGGACUCAAAGAGCACCAAUCUUUCCAAACAUGACUUCCUGGGACAGGCAUGCUGUACUCUGGGUGAGAUCGUGGGCUCCCUGGGGAGUCGACUAGAGAAGCCUCUCGGGGGCAUUCCUGGAAAGAAAUGUGGCACCAUCAUUGUGAAGGUUGAGGAACUGAACAAUUGCAGAGAAUCCGUAAUGAUGCAAUUUUGUGGCAACAAGCUGGACAAGAAGGAUUUCUUUGGCAAAUCUGACCCUUUCCUUGUGUUUUACCGGAGCAACGAGGAUGGAACAUUCACCAUUUGUCAUAAGACAGAAGUUGUGAAGAACACCUUGAACCCUGUAUGGCAGGCUUUCAAGAUCCCUGUCAGAGCCUUGUGCAAUGGAGACUAUGACAGAACAAUCAAGAUUGAAGUGUAUGACUGGGACAGAGAUGGCAGCCACGAUUUCAUUGGCGAGUUUAGCACAAGCUACAGAGAGUUGUCCAGAGGGCAGUCCCAGUUUAAUGUAUAUGAGGUCAUUAAUCCAAAGAAAAAAGGCAAGAAGAAAAAAUACCUCAAUUCAGGAACGGUAACACUUCUGUCAUUCCUAGUGGAUACUGAAGUCACCUUCCUAGACUACAUUAAGGGCGGGACUCAGAUUAAUUUCACCGUGGCAAUUGAUUUCACCGCCUCAAACGGCAACCCUGCCCAACCAACUUCCCUGCACUACAUGAGUCCAUACCAGCUGAAUGCUUACGGCAUGGCUCUCAAAGCUGUGGGAGAGAUCAUUCAGGACUAUGACAGUGAUAAGAUGUUCCCAGCACUGGGCUUCGGUGCCAAGCUGCCCCCUGACGGGCGUGUAUCCCACGAAUUCGCACUAAAUGGAAACCCACAGAACCCAUACUGUAAUGGAAUAGAUGGUGUAAUGGAGGCGUACUACCAAAGCCUGAAGUCUGUGCAGCUUUACGGCCCCACCAACUUCUCCCCCGUCAUCAACCACGUAGCAAGGUACGCUGCAUCUGUGAAAGACGGUUCUCAGUAUUUUGUCCUCCUCAUCAUCACAGACGGAGUCAUCUCUGACAUGGCCCAGACCAAAGAGUCCAUUGUUAACGCUUCAUGUCUUCCCAUGUCCAUUAUCAUCGUUGGGGUUGGACCAGCAGAGUUUGAUGCGAUGAUUGAGUUGGAUGGGGAUGAAGUCAGGAUCUCAUCCAGAGGCAGAUAUGCAGAAAGGGACAUUGUGCAGUUUGUCCCAUUUCGGGAUUACAUUGACCGAACAGGGAACCACAUCCUCAGCAUGGCGCGUCUGGCAAAGGAUGUGCUGGCCGAGAUCCCAGACCAGUUCCUGUCCUACAUGAGAACCAGAGGCAUCAAACCUUUACCCGCACCACCUCCAUACACACCACCAGGACAGCCGCUACAGACCCAGAUCUGACCCACUCUCAUUUGUAUCGCUCUUUUUCUCUCUGAAGAUCCAAAUGAUGUGGAGGGGCACUUCUCCCCUUUCAUUAUCUGUCUCUCUCAUGUUGCACUAUAGGCACUAGAAGGAUGAAGACACCGUGGCCAAACAGGGCCAGUGAGGCCUGAUUUACUUCCAUUACAAGCGUUCUUCUGUCAGGGUCUCUCUCUCUCUCUCUCUCUCUCUCUCUCUCUCUCUCUCUCUCUCUCUCUCUCUCUCUCUCUCUCUCUCUCUCUCUCUCUAUCUGUUAGUUUCUCUCUUUCUCUUUGUCAGAGCCUGGCUUAUAUCUUGUAGCCUCACUAAAAUGGACUGAGCUUGACCUUUGUUCGGGCUCCAUGUUGGACUAAGGAGGGAUCAGUUGACAUUGUUUUGUCGGAGCUGCAUGCUUUUCCAGGAGAAGGGCCGAGGUUCUUAGUCCUCUGGCCGCAAAUCACUCGACUGUUGUAAAUAACUUUGGAAACUGAUAAUUUUCCUUUUACUUAUGUAUAUUCCUCUCUUUCUCUCUUUCUCUCUCUCUCUCUCUCUAUCUCUCUCUCUCUCUCUCUCUCUCUCUCUCUCUCUCUCUCUCUCAGCUCUCACUCAGUGUUUACAUGUUGAUGAUUUUCUUACUGUUGGAUACUUUUCUAUAAGCGUAAACUUUCAGUAUGAACUUUGGAAUACAACUUCUAUCUGCGUUUUGUCUUUGCCACGCAUGUCAGGCACUUACUGUCACAUUAAGCGCAUUGCAUGGCAUGGAGUAACAGCCAGCUCCGCUUCGUGGUGCAUGAAGGCCAUGUUUGACCUCAUCCUUUUUUCUUUUUCAGUCUUUCUUUCCUUUAUUCUUCUCCUUCUCCUCUCUCACAUCACCCUGGCACAAGCGUGGUGUGUGUGUGUGUGUGUGUGUGUGUGUGUGUGUGUGUGUGUGUGUGUGUGUGUGUGUGUGUGUGUGUGUGUGUGUGUGUGUGUGUGUGUGUGUGUGUGUGUGUGUGUGUGGUGUCAAAACUUUAGCAGCUGCUCUCAAAUAGGAUUUGAGACUAUGAGCCCAGUGGUCAAAAACAUAGAUGCCAUUGUUUUUCUUCCAUUUCUGUCUUGUUCAUAGUUAGCAAAAGAUAGUACGGGUGUUUUAUUGGUUUGUAAAUCAGUGUUGUUUAAAAAAAGAGUCUUAUUAUAAUUUAAAUUACUUAGAGUUUCCCAAUGAUGUGGAUAAAAAUCACAGUUCAUUUUAAUUCACCUGGACAUUGUUGGUGCAGGAUUUGAGUGUUCAUAGUACAGUAUUUCUCCAGAGGAACAUCUGUACUAACAGAAUAAUAAGAUUAAUUAACCCCACUUUCAGACACCAAGAUAUUAUUAAAGCAUAAUUCAAGUUAUAACAUAAUAUUUGUAUUUAUUUCUAUAUUUAAGCCAGUGAAAUCUUCCUUCUAUGCUGCGCAGCCUUAAACCACACUAAGAUCUAAAAAAGGUUAAAAUCAAAUAUAUACAAGAUAGACACAAGAUGUUUUAGUAACCGGUCACGCCUUACUUUAUGAAAACUUGAUACAAAAAUAAUACUUAAUAUUAUAUAGGAAUAAUUCUUUGUAAUACAGAUUUUUCAGCUGGAUCGAUGUCUGUUGUGUCUGUAGUGUAUGUGAAAUUAUCACAGACUCAUCACAUAGAUUUCUAAAUAUAACAAGAAUUUCUCAACUUUUCCAUGUAGUGAGAGUUUAGUUAUACACAAAUUUCAGCAUAAACAUGAUUAAUUAUAAAACCUUCUUUCACCUUCUCAAAUUUGUCUGCAAAAAAUAUGUAUUUAACUGCUCCAGCAACUGAUCUUACACUGUUAUUGCUGAAUUUCAACUAAACAAGGUUUUACAUUUAUUUUACAGUGCAGGAAAAUACAAGAUUCUGGAGAAAUUCUUUAAAUAAACUCAAAGUUCAGUAUUUGAUAUAACUGGAAUAUCCUGGACCUCUCUUCUUUGAAAUGUAAUAACUGAUGAAUUAAACAUAAAUCUGAAAAUAAAAACAUAAAAAAAAGUAUAUUCUUAAUAACAUUUAAUACCUUAACAUUUUAGGCAACUCAAAAAGUCUGCUUUUUGAAUUGUAAUUAAAACCUUUUUUAUUUUUAUUUUUUAUUUUAAACAAGUCUGUGAUUCCUUCCAGUUUCUGACAAGAUUUCUGUUAUACACAAGCCUUCAUUUAAAAAAAAAUAAAUAAAUCUUUCAGUUUGAACAAAUCUAUGUUGGAGGCUUAUUAUGUUUCAAGUAGCAUUAAGUCAUUAUAAUUAAGUAUUGAAUAAUUAAUGGCCAAUAUUUGUCUUCUUUUUUAAAGUCAUGUCUCAGGCUCAGUUUUUUUUCACACACAAAAAAAGUUUAAAAAAAAGCCAGAGUUCAGGCCUCUUUGCUAUUCAUUAAAUAAUGUGAAUGGCAUAAUAUGUAGCAAAUGGAAUUUAAAGACAAAAACGGACACCUCAUCAAAUUUGUUCCCAGUUCUGUAGUCACAGACUAGCAUAGCUGAGUGUAGCCGAGUGUUUUGGAUGACGACUGAUUCUACAGUGUUUCAUGUAGCUCAAUGCCUCUGUGAAUGGGAGCAUGGAUCACAACUUACUUUCUCAUUUGAGAGUAAUAUGAAUUUAAUGCCUGAUGAUAUGCCAUUAAUUGCAAUCAGGAAUUUAUACAAUUUAGAACUGAUUUACAAUCUUAAACAGUCUUAAAACUUUUAUAAAGGCUUCAUAAAUACAAAUCUUAUAUGAACUACAUGCCGUGUGUGUUUGUGUGUGUGUCUGUGUGUGCGUGCGUGCGUGCAUGUGUGUGUGUGCAAGUGCAAACAUUAACAUCAGGAGUACCAGCUGAGAUUUUUUUGCUCCUUGGCAGCUACUUGGCUGCGCCCCUCAGUCCAACUAUGGUUUGCAAACUAGCUUUGCCAACCACAUUACUCUGUGUGUGUGUCUGUGUCUGUGUGUGUGUGUGUGUGGAUGUGCAUGAGUGCUGGUGAUGAAGAACUAAUCUGGCAGGAUCCAUCAGAGGUGUGAUUUCAUUCACAUAAACUCUUGUUUACUGAAAAUAUCCAAAUAUAUUGUAUGCUUGUCAUAUCUUAUUAUAUAAUGUGCACUAUGUUUGCAUGUACAGUUUUACAGGAGAUGCACUAGUUCUUUUUGUUAUUAAUAGAGUGUUUUUGGGGAAAAAAAUGUUUUAAAAAUGUCAGAAUAUCUGUACAAAAUGGCCUUAAUCUCUCACUGAAUUCUUGGAAUCGUGCAAUGCCUUCAGAUAUGAAUUGUUCUAUAUUUUGUGUCAGUGUAGAAUUGCUUUCUAGUGUAUAAUCUCUUUGCACAGAUUCAUGUAUCAAAAAACAUAUUGUACUUUUUGCUAAUUGUUGAUUAAUCUGAGAAAGCAUGAUUGCAGUACUGAUUGUCUGGUAAAUCCAUAUGAUUAAAUGACUAUUUCUGUAUCAAAGUAUUGAUUUUGGAAUAAACCUUCUUACUAAACACA